ACGCGGCGGGAGCGCGCUGGUGCGCGUGCGUCAGCGGCCGCUGUCUGCGUCGAGCGACCGAGUCGAAGCGAAGCUCCGGACCCACGGAUCGACUGACCGAGCGGCCCCUGCGGCCGUCGGCGGCCAGGCGGCCCGAGAUGUUGUCGGGGAAGAAGGCGGCAGCCGCAGCGGCAGCCGCGGCCGCGGCGGCAGCAGCCGGCACGGAGGCGGGCCCCGGAGCUGCGGGCGGCGCCGAGAACGGCUCCGAGGUGGCCGCGCCGCCCGCGGGCCUGGCGGGCCCCACCGAAGUCGGGCCGGGGGCGGCCGGGGAGCGCACGCCCCGCAAGAAGGAACCUCCUCGGGCUUCACCCCCCGGCGGCUUGGCCGAGCCGCCGGGCUCCGCCGGUCCUCAGGCCGGGCCUACCGUCGUGCCUGGGUCGGCCACCCCCAUGGAAACGGGAAUAGCAGAGACUCCGGAGGGACGACGAACCAGCCGGCGCAAGCGGGCGAAGGUAGAGUACAGAGAGAUGGAUGAAAGCUUGGCCAACCUCUCAGAAGAUGAGUAUUACUCAGAAGAAGAGAGAAAUGCUAAGGCCGAGAAGGAAAAGAAGCUUCCCCCACCACCGCCACAAGCCCCACCUGAGGAAGAAAACGAGAGUGAACCUGAAGAACCCUCUGGGCAAGCAGGAGGACUUCAAGACGACAGUUCUGGAGGGUAUGGAGACGGCCAAGCAUCAGGUGUGGAGGGGGCCGCCUUCCAGAGCAGACUCCCGCAUGACCGCAUGACUUCUCAAGAAGCAGCCUGCUUCCCAGAUGUCAUCAGUGGACCACAGCAGACCCAGAAGGUCUUCCUGUUCAUCAGAAACCGCACACUGCAGUUAUGGUUGGAUAAUCCAAAGAUCCAGCUGACAUUUGAGGCUACUCUCCAGCAGUUGGAAGCGCCUUAUAACAGCGAUACUGUGCUUGUCCAUCGAGUUCACAGUUACUUAGAGCGUCAUGGCCUUAUCAACUUUGGCAUCUAUAAGAGGAUAAAACCCUUACCAACUAAAAAGACAGGAAAGGUCAUUAUUAUAGGCUCUGGAGUCUCCGGCUUGGCAGCAGCUCGACAAUUGCAAAGUUUUGGAAUGGAUGUUACGCUUCUGGAAGCCAGGGAUCGUGUGGGCGGCCGAGUUGCUACUUUUCGCAAAGGAAACUAUGUAGCUGACCUAGGAGCCAUGGUAGUGACAGGUCUUGGUGGGAAUCCCAUGGCUGUGGUCAGCAAACAAGUAAACAUGGAAUUGGCCAAGAUCAAGCAGAAAUGCCCACUGUAUGAAGCUAACGGACAGGCUGUUCCAAAAGAGAAAGAUGAAAUGGUAGAACAAGAGUUCAACCGGCUUCUAGAAGCAACGUCUUACCUUAGUCAUCAGCUAGACUUCAAUGUCCUCAAUAAUAAGCCUGUGUCCCUGGGUCAGGCGUUGGAAGUUGUCAUUCAGUUGCAAGAGAAGCAUGUCAAAGACGAGCAGAUUGAACACUGGAAGAAGAUAGUGAAGACCCAGGAAGAACUGAAAGAACUUCUCAAUAAGAUGGUAAAUUUGAAAGAGAAGAUUAAGGAACUCCAUCAGCAGUACAAAGAAGCAGCUGAAGUGAAGCCUCCGAGGGACAUCACUGCGGAGUUCUUGGUGAAAAGCAAGCACAGGGACCUGACUGCACUUUGCAAGGAAUAUGACGAAUUAGCUGAAACUCAAGGAAAGCUAGAAGAGAAGCUUCAAGAAUUAGAAGCCAAUCCUCCAAGUGACGUGUAUCUUUCAUCAAGAGACAGACAGAUACUUGAUUGGCAUUUUGCAAACCUUGAAUUUGCUAAUGCCACACCCCUGUCUACCCUUUCCCUCAAACACUGGGAUCAGGAUGAUGACUUUGAGUUUACCGGAAGCCACCUGACAGUGAGGAAUGGCUACUCAUGUGUGCCUGUGGCUUUAGCAGAAGGCCUGGACAUCAAGCUGAAUACAGCCGUGCGCCAGGUUCGCUACACGGCUUCAGGAUGUGAAGUGAUAGCUGUGAACACCCGCUCCACAAGCCAGACUUUUAUUUAUAAGUGUGAUGCUGUUCUCUGCACCCUGCCUCUGGGGGUGCUGAAGCAGCAGCCACCAGCUGUUCAGUUUGUGCCGCCACUUCCCGAGUGGAAGACGUCUGCUGUGCAGAGGAUGGGAUUUGGCAACCUGAACAAGGUGGUGUUGUGCUUCGACCGGGUAUUCUGGGAUCCGAGUGUCAACCUGUUUGGCCAUGUUGGCAGUACAACUGCCAGCAGGGGUGAGCUCUUUCUCUUCUGGAACCUCUACAAAGCUCCGAUACUUCUGGCACUGGUGGCCGGAGAAGCUGCUGGUAUCAUGGAAAAUAUAAGUGAUGACGUGAUUGUUGGCCGGUGCCUGGCUAUACUUAAAGGGAUCUUUGGUAGCAGUGCAGUGCCCCAGCCCAAGGAAACAGUGGUGUCCCGCUGGCGUGCUGACCCAUGGGCCCGGGGCUCUUAUUCCUACGUCGCCGCAGGAUCGUCAGGCAAUGACUAUGACUUAAUGGCUCAGCCCAUCACUCCUGGUCCCUCAAUUCCAGGAGCCCCACAGCCCAUCCCACGACUUUUCUUCGCGGGAGAACACACAAUCCGGAACUACCCAGCCACAGUGCACGGUGCUCUGCUGAGUGGGCUGCGAGAAGCAGGAAGGAUUGCAGACCAGUUCUUAGGGGCCAUGUACACCUUGCCUCGCCAGGCCACACCAGGUGUCCCUGCACAGCAGUCCCCAAGCAUGUGACAGAUGUGCUCUGAGGGUGGAGCCCCUGUGCCUAUCAUUUUGUUGUGGAAGCAAAGCUCUUCUAGCAAUACUAGAUGCCACCAAGAACUGCCCCCUGGCAUCUGGGCUUGUGCUCAGCCACUGGUGUGGGCUCCUGGUCACAGGGGGACACUGCCACCUGCGUGGGAUGUGGAGAGUGAGGAACUGGCCCAUUAGCGUGGAGUGGACCCUUCACAGACUGAAGCAAGCAAGCAUUAUGAAAGUUGGUGUGUGUGGUGAAUGUUCUGGUUUUUUAUAUAUAUAUAUAUAUAUAUAUAUAGAAUAAAUCUUCAUAUAAAAUUAGUCCUAUUAUUUCCCCUUUGGGUUGAAGACAGGCCAUCAUUCCUUUGAAUCGCUUACCCUGCAUUUUAAAUAAUGAGGUUGACAUAGAGGAAGGGGCCUCG